AGGUACUUCAAUCUAUACAACCCCCUCUUUUCCUUCUCCUCCUCCUCCCCCCUCCUCAUUUGAAGUCUAUUAUACAUCACAACUGCUACCAUACCACCCAUAAUGUCCUCCGACGUUCAACCCCCCCGUCAGCUCUUCUACGACGGUGAAAUCAAGUCCGCCACUUCGGGCAAGUCCUUCCAGACCUUGAACCCUUCCAACGCAAACAUUUUGGCCGACAUCCAUAUCGCUUCCAACACUGAUGUCGACGCGGCCAUUGCGUCCGCGGACCGUGCUUUCCCCUCGUGGUCGCAAACCCCUCCUGCUGCUCGUGCGCGCAUCCUCCAGAAGGCCGUCGCUUUGCUUCGGGAGAGAAACGACGAGAUUGCCCGCGUUGAGUCUCUGGACUCAGGCAAGGCUUACACAGAAACCAGCACCGUUGAUGUUCUGAGCGGUGCUGAUGUGUUGGAGUAUUACGCUAAUUUCAUUGGUGGCGGCGGUCUAAACGGCGAGACUACUCAGCUCAGAGAGGAUGCGUGGGUCUACUCCAACAAGGCUCCUCUGGGUGUUUGCGCCGGAAUUGGCGCAUGGAACUACCCUAUCCAAAUUGCCCUCUGGAAGUCGGCACCAUGCUUGGCCGCAGGAAACACCAUGAUCUACAAGCCCAGUGAAUACACCCCUCUUCACGCCCAGACGCUCGCAGAGAUCUACCGAGAAGCCGGUCUUCCCGCUGGUGUGUUCAACGUGGUCUACGGCGCGGGUGAUGUUGGUGGGUAUUUGACCUCUCACCCGACUAUCGUCAAGGUUUCCUUCACCGGCCAGGUGAGCACCGGACUGAAGGUGGCCGGAUCCGCUGCCGGUAAAAUGAAGUAUGUGACUAUGGAACUGGGAGGCAAGAGCCCGCUCAUCAUCCUCCCCGACGCUGAACUGGACAAUGCGGUGAACGGCGCCAUGAUGGCCAACUUCUACAGUACGGGUCAGGUGUGCACCAACGGCACUCGUGUGUUUGUGCCCCGUCGCUGGAAGGAGGCCUUUGAGAAGCGUCUCCUCGAGCAGGUGGAGCAUGUUCGUCCAGGACCUUUGUUUGAUGAAGCCACCAACUUUGGCCCAUUGAGCUCUGCGAUCCAUCAGGAGAAGGUCACCGAGUACAUUCGUCACGGAAUUGAGACGGACAAGGCUAAGCUCCUCUACGGUGGCCUUGGCAAGCCUUCGCUUCCCAAGGACCUGGAGAAUGGCUACUGGGUCCGUCCGACCGUUUUCACCGACUGCACAGACAACAUGAAGAUUGUCAAGGACGAGAUCUUCGGUCCUGUCAUGUCGAUUCUCUACUACGACACCGUCGAAGAGGCUGUCUGCCGUGCCAAUGACACGGAACUCGGCCUCGCGGCGGGUGUCUUCACCAGGGACAUCAACCAGGCGCACCGUAUCACCGGCCAGCUGCAAGCUGGUAUCACCUGGAUCAACACCUGGGGUGAGAGUCCGGCCGAGAUGGCUGUGGGUGGAUGGAAGAAGAGUGGUCUCGGUGUCGAGAAUGGUCGCAAGGGUAUUGAGGCUUGGUUGCAGAAUAAGAGCACUUUGGUGGACAUGAGCGGCACUGUGCCUACCGUUUUCGCCAAGCUGUAAGCCCUUGUUUCCUUUUUCUUUUCGUGCGUUAUAAGCGAUGUAGCAUGUAGAUUGGAUCUGAUGAUAAUUCAAAAGUACAUGAAGAAUAUAUAUAGCAAAUAAAUCCGGUCAUGUCUAUUAAGGUUCGAUUCGAUAUACAAGCAAUGUCGCUCUUGGAAACUCA